AUGUCCUCGACGCGGAGGCCCGACACAGGGUGCCUCCCCGCCGACGACUCGCUCAGAGUGGCCAAUGACAGCCUGCGUGAGGAGAUAUUGGACCUAAGAUCGCGGCUGGAGGCAGAGCAGGAGAAAUGCCGGCAGCUUCUCCGCGAGAGAGCGCAGGGGGAGCGCGAGGCUCGCGUGACGGAGCGCCGGAUAUCCGCCGAGGCGCUGAGGAGCUCGACAGCGAGACUCUGCGAGGAGAAGCAGAGCGAGCUGCUCCGCCAGAAGGAGCUACUAACGCAGUGCUACCGCGCUGAAAUGGAGAAGGUCAUCCGAUCGAAGGACGAGCGCUUCUCCAAGACAAAAUCCGAACUAACCCGACAGAACGAAGAGUUGGCUGCGCACCUGCAGGUGGCGCUGCAGCAGCAGCAGGCAGCGCAGGGCCGGGAAUCGACGAUGAAGUACGAAGCUGACAUCGGGAGGUUGAAGAACGAGGUGGCCGAGCUACGCAGCAACAAGCGCCACCUGGAGGAGCAGCUGCAAACUAUCAUAGAGGCCGACAGACAGAAGGCGACAGACAUCAGGGCUAUGCACGAGCAGCAUCAGAUAGAGCUGGGUCGCAUGAGAAAAGAUGGCAAGCAAGAGGUCGUUAGACUGAACUGGUGGCGCAAGACCGGCGGGUACAGAACGGCGGGCGGCGUGAACAACGUCGCAAUUACGGCUGUUGACACUACAAGCUCACGCACCGUGCUUCUGCGUGUAUUCGCGCUGUUUGAUGUCUACAUUUUCCCAGAGCUGCCAGAGGUCUCACUGUGUGAGGAUCCAGGCCAGUGCGAAUGA